CUGUGCGAAGUGAGGAAGAGAGAGAUUGGCCCGUGGUGGCGGAUGGGUGGUCCGGGGAGUGGUAGUUGCAGUAGCAGCGGAGAGGAAGACGGUGACGCUGAUUGGAAGGCAGCCAUCGACUCAGUUUCCGCCGUCACCACCACCGCUGCCACCAGCAAUGGUUUCGCUGCUUCCUCCAAAGAUUCAGCCGUAUCCAUGGAUGGCACAAACACCAAUCAGAAAUCCCAAAAUUUGAAGCACUACCAAAUCAAGGCACAAAAGCUUUUGGAUGACAUCAUAGAAAACACCUUAGUGAUGGUGGAAGAUCUCAUUCAUAUCUCCGAUAACGAAAAGACAAAUGAAGGUGGGAUUCGGUUGUUUAAGCAUGCUCCUCCAGGGAUAGUGUUUGAUCAUAUGGAUAAAAUUCAACAACCAAGAAAGAGACCAAGAAUUCUUCCAGGGAAUGAGAUUGACGAGAAAUCAAAGAAGUUUAGAGGGCAACUCCGAUCUGUUGCUGUUGAUGGGGUGGAUAUAAUGGCAGCGGCAAGAGAUGCUUGUCAGAAAUCAGUAGCCAGACUUGAAGCUAAAGAUGCAGCAGCAAAAGCAGCAGCCAAAAGGGAGGAAGAAAGGGUUGCAGAACUGAAGAGAACUAGGGGGGAGAGAUGGCUACCCUCAAUUGCCCGAGAAAGGCAGAUCAAGUUGGGAAGAAGUUAACAAAUUCGAGACAUAGAAACCUUGCUACUGCAGUGACAAAAUGUAGAGGUCAUCUGAUGUGGAGCACAUCUAUUGGUCCUUUCUGAUUGUUUAUUUCAUCCAUGUGAUGACCAAUGUUGCAAAUUGUUAGGCUGAAAGACGCUAUCCUUGUGGUAAUUUGAAAUCAGUAAAAGCUAGCCCAAUAUUCAAAAGCCUUUUUGAUCGCCCCUCUUUGAAGUACUGUGUACUAUGCUUAGUGGAUUUACUUUCAUAAUUGCAAGCAGGGUUUGCAGUAAAGCAUCCGAAUUCUCUUUUUGUUUGCCAUGUCAAA